UAUGGACAAAAAAGGGCAUAUUUUGCUUCGUGCCUUACUAGGGUCAAAGAGAAUCUUGGACUUAUUCACUUGUCUCUGGACUAAACACAACAGUUUUCAUCUCAGGAGAAUCAUCUCUUUGGACUUCAAGUCUGGUGUCACUGUUGAAUCAUGCAGAACACAUUCAGAGCCGUCACACACUCUCCAGGGAUACUCAUCUGGAGAAUCGAGAAAAUGGAUCUUGUAUUGGUCCCGGAAAAAGCUCACGGACAGUUUUAUGAAAGCGACUGCUAUUUACUGCUCUCAACACGCAAAGGUGGCAGAUCUGCAUACUAUGACAUUCAUUAUUGGAUUGGUUCCAUGUCUACAAUGGACGAACAAGGAGCCGCUGCUGUCUAUGCCAUUCAGCUGGAUGAAUUCCUGGGCUCCUCACCUGUGCAGUACAGAGAGGUUCAGCACCACGAGUCCAGCAUCUUCUGUGGAUAUUUCAAACAGGGCAUCAUUUAUAAGUCAGGAGGGGUGUCAACAGGAAUGAACCAUGUGGAAACAAACACUUACAACGUUCAAAGACUGCUGCAUGUGAAAGGAAAAAGAAAAGUGACCGGCACAGAGGUGGAAGUUAGCUGGAACAGCUUUGACACUGGGAGUGUCUUUCUGUUGGAUCUGGGCAAGACCAUUAUCCAGUGGAACGGCCCUGAAAGCAACAGACAAGAACGUCUGAAGGGCAUGAUGUUGGCCAAGGACAUCAGGGACCGUGAGAGAGGGGGUAGGGCAGAAAUUGGGGUGAUUGAGGGGGAUGCAGAGGCAAAAUCGCCUUUGUUAAUCGAAGUUAUGGUGAGCAUUAUGGGAGAACGGCCCUCUACGCUGCCCAGCGGGACGCCUGAUGAAAUAUCUGACCAGGAACAAAUGGCGAAGCUCACCCUCUAUCAUGUGUCAGAUGCAAAUGGAUCUAUGAAGAUCGCAGAGAUCGCAACCAGUCCACUAACACAAGACAUGCUGAAUCACGAUGACUGUUACAUUUUGGACCAGGGGGGAAUGUCAAUAUUUGUGUGGAAGGGGAAGACAGCCAACAAGGCAGAGAGGCAAGCAGCAAUGACCAGGGCUCUGGAGUUCAUUAAACUGAAGGGUUAUCCACUCAGUACUAAAGUGGAGUCUCUCAGUGACGGAGGGGAAUCGGCUCUCUUUAAACAACUCUUCAAGAGCUGGACUGUCAGAGAGCAGACAGCAGGUCUGGGCCGGACACACACUGUCGGGAGAAUCGCUGAUGUCCCUCAAGAGAAAUUUGAUGCCACUAGGAUGCAUGUGAUGCCCGACAUUGCUGCCCAAGAGCGUAUGGUGGACGAUGGCAGCGGACAAAAGCAGGUAUGGCGCAUUGAGAAUUUGGAGAUGGUGGAGGUAAAUCCUGAAAUGCACGGAUACUUCUAUGGAGGCGAUUGCUAUCUAAUUCUGUACAGCUAUGAUGUUAACGGCAGGAAGAGCUACAUUCUUUACAUGUGGAAGGGCCGUCAUGCUUCUCAGGAUGAAAUUACUGCCUGUGCGUAUCAGGCUGUGACUCUGGACCAGCAAUAUGGUGGCGAGCCUGUUCAAGUGAGAGUCUCCAUGGGAAAGGAGCCGCGCCACUUCAUGGCCAUUUUCAAGGGCAAACUGGUGAUCUUUGAGGGAGGGACUUCCAGAAAGAGUGCUCAAGAGCCAGAGCCCCCUGUCCGCCUGUUUCAGAUCUGUGGCUCUCAACCAAGCAAUUCAAAAGCAAUAGAAGUUCCAGCUCUGGUAGCCUCUCUCAACUCCAAUGAUGUCUUCCUUUUGAAAAGCCAGUAUGGUGUCUACCUGUGGUAUGGCAAAGGCUCCAGUGGUGAUGAAAGAGCCAUGGCGAAAGAGGUGAGCUCCUUUAUUGGCCGAGGAUCAUCAGAGGAAAUUAUGGCUGAGGGACAGGAGCCAAAUGAGUUUUGGGAAAUCUUAGGUGGAAAAACAUCAUACGCAAGUGACAGAAGAUUACAGAUGGUCACUUCAGAUCAUCAACCACGCCUUUUUGAAUGCUCCAAUAAGACGGGCCAGUUUAUUGCGACUGAGAUAACCCAGUUCGCACAGGAUGAUCUGAGAGAGGAUGACGUAAUGCUUUUGGACACGUGGGAUCAGGUAUUUUUGUGGAUAGGAAAUGAGGCAAAUGAUGUGGAGCGUCGGGAAUCUGUGACAACUUGCCAGGAAUACCUGCGGACUCAUCCUGGAUCCCGAGACCCCGACACUCCUAUAAUGAUUGUGAAGCAGGGCUUUGAGCCCCCUACCUUUACUGGUUGGUUCACUGCCUGGGACCCUACAAAAUGGAGUGGUGGCAAAACCUAUGAGCAGCUGAAGGAGGAGUUAGGAGAGAUUACAUUGCCAGCUAAAGUUGAAUCUCAAUCCUCUGAUGUAGAGAACAAAAGCAUCUCACAAUAUCCACCAGAAAUGCUGAUUAACAAACUGGCUGGAGAACUACCAGAAGAUGUGGACCCCACCCAGAGAGAGAAACAUCUCUCUGACCAGGAUUUCCAGACCAUAUUUGGAAUGUCGAAAGAAGAGUUUGACAGUUUGCCUCAAUGGAAAAAGAAGACCAUUAAGAAGGAAAAAAGACUGUUUUGAAAGCCGUAUAUGUUUGUUGGCGCUGCUAGAGGGAGCAGGGAGCUUUCCCAUUUAAAGAGAAAUAGUUAAUUUAAAUCUUUUGUCAUAAUUGAUAUUACUAAUUGUGUAAUAGUUAAUAUGUUCCAGAGACAAUGAGCAUAUCACCAAGCAUAUUUAAUUGUUGCUGUUUUUGGAGAGAAGCAAAAUAAAAUAUGUAUAUUUACA